UAUAAUAAUAAGUUUCUCAUUCUCUUCAUACAUAUAACAAUAAGCAACAAUUGUUUUUGAAAAGCAAAGAUGAGAAUGAGAGGUUUAAACAUGGAGUACUACCUGCCUAUAAUGGUUAUGGUGUUAAUACAGACUAUAUAUGCAGGUUUGACUCUUGGCAUAAGAAUUGCACUUUUGGAAGGUAUGAGCCCAAUGGUAUUUGUAGUCUACCGCUAUGCUUUUGCAACCAUUGUUCUUGCUCCCAUAGCUUAUAUAUCAGGGAGAAAUUCUGGCUCAUAUUCCCUAAAUUUAACAAGCUUUUCCUGGAUAUUCAUCACCUCCCUAAUUGGGUUUGCUUCUAUUCUCGAAUACAUUACCUUGGAUCAAAAUUUACUUGCUUGGGGUCUAUAUCUAGUUUCUUCUUCAGUUACAAGUGUUAUGUGCAAUGUGGUUCCAGCCGUGACAUUUGUAAUAGCAGCUUUUGUAGGAAUGGAGAAAGUGAAUAUUCGAAGUGUGAGAACUAUAGCCAAAAUAGUAGGAACAAUCAUAUGUGUAAGUGGAGCAGCCUGCAUAGCAUUAUUGAAAGGUCCAAAGCUGCUAAAUGCAGAAAACGUACCUCCAAAAUCAAUCAUAGGCGCAACCUUAGGAAGUGAUGACAAUUGGUUGCUUGGAUGUGUUAUUCUUUUUGGAAGUUGUGUUGCUUGGUCAAUUUGGCUCAUUUUGCAGGUUCCAGCUUAUGAAAGCCAUCCUAAUUCCUUAUCACUUUCAGCUUGGAUGUGUUUAAUGGCAACAUUACAAUCAUCAGUAGUGGCACUAUUCAUGAAGCCAGACCUGAAUGCAUGGAAGAUCAAUUCUCUACUUCAAUUUGGUUGCAUUUUAUAUUCGGGAGUUAUGGGAUCUGCAGUAGCAUUAUGUCUCCAAGCAUGGUGCAUUUCAAAGAGAGGACCUGUCUUUUCUGCUAUGUUUACUCCUGUUUGUACUGUAAUUGUGACUGUAUUAGCUGCCUUGUUACUUCAUGAGGAAAUAUACAUUGGAAGCUUGAUAGGUGGAAUUGGAGUGAUCAUUGGCUUGUAUAUUGUGCUUUGGGGUAAAGCUGAAGAUGUGGUUGAUGUUAAAGAGAAGAUAAUUCCAAAAGCUAUGGUUAAUGAGACAGAGGAAAUUGUUGACAAUAAAUCUUAUGGAAAAGCAUAUAGUAAAACUGAUUUGGAAGAACCACUUUUAUCUCAUGAAUCUACAUACUAUUGAUAAUAUUUCAAUUGUUUCUGGUGGGUUGGGUUAUGUAUGUAGAAAUGUGAUAUAACAUCUUUGUACUCGUGGGUGUUGGAGGAAUGAUAUUGCAUAACUGAUAUUUCCUCCUUCUUAAAUAUCAUUUUCACUUUUCGGUGCAAUAUUUUUCAAUUCA